AUGGCGGGUUCUUGCACGAUCGAGGUCGAAAACCACUUCGGGCCCAUCGUCGGAGAUGCCUGUUACGGGAGGUUGGACUUCACCUUGUACUUUGAGGAAGCCUUUCUGUCUAUCUUCCCUGCUGCGACGGUGAUCGUAGCUGCGGGCUUGCGGUGUCUCGUGGUUCAGAGUCUCAGCGUCAAGGUCCGGGGAGGCUGGCUGUACCCCCUGAAACUGCUGUGUCUCGCGCUCUACUCCAUCUCGCAGCUGCUGCUCUUCGCCUUCUGGGUCACGUCUGGCACGCCGACGACCAACCUCACCAUUGCGGCGACCUUGCUCCGGUUCCUGGCAACCCUCUUCUGUGGGUAUCUGUCGCUGUUGGAGCAUUACCGAUCGGUUCGGCCCUCCAAGAUCCUGAAUCUCUAUUAUCUUUUCUCGUUACUCUUUGAUAUCCCUCAGGCUCGCACGAUAUGGAUUGUCCAAGGACUGCACAGGGUCGCGGGCAUCUUCAUCGCCGGCAUGGCUGUCAAGGCCUUGCUACUGGUCCUCGAGACUUGGGAAAAAAAGCGCCUCGCCAAACCCAUGUAUGCCACCUCAGCGCCCGAGGACUGGACAGGCGUCAUCAACCGCAGUCUCUUCUGGUGGUUCAAUCAACUUUUGUUCCGCGGAUCACGCAAUGCGCUUUCGAUGGGGGAUUUGUUUCACCUCGAGGAUUGCAUGCUCCCAGACCCAGAUGGAAAGGGCCGACUCGCGCAGCUCUGGGAGAAUUGUGAAAAUAAAGAGAAAUCCGGUGCCUUGAUCGGCCCUCUCGCUAAAGCCUUCAGAUGGGACCUGCUAGCCGGGAUCAUCCCGCGUCUAUCCCAAACGGGUUUCACCUUCGCGCAACCGUUUCUUGUCCAGGCGGCCGAGAAGCUUUUCGCCAACAAAGACCUGCCUGAUGCAAAAAGCAAAGGGAUUCUCCUGCUCGGCGCUUACGCGCUAGUUUACGCCGGCAUCGCUGUCUCCACCGCGACCGCGCAGCACAAGACCUACCGCGUGAUUACCAUGAUGCGAGGAGCGCUAGUGGGAAUGAUCUUCGACAAGAGCACGACCAUCAACGCGCAUCUAAACGAUGACUCCGCCGCCCUAACGCUAAUGAGCACCGACAUCGAGCGGAUCACCAGCUGUGGACGCUAUUUGCAUGAUACGUGGGCGAGUCUAAUUGAGAUUGCGAUUUCCUUGUACUUGUUGUAUAACCAGCUGAGUACGGCGGGAGUGGCGCCGAUCAUUAUUGCAUUUGCUUGCACGGUGGUGGCCAUGAAGAUCGCCAUGGUGGCCGGCGAGCGGCAAAACCUGUGGAUUGAAGCAAUUCAGAAGCGAGUGUCGGUCACGGCAGAGAUGCUAGGCUCGAUGAAGGGGGUCAAGAUCUCGGGGCUUAAAGACCUUCUACAUGACAAAAUCCAAGGACUGCGCGAGGACGAGAUUCUUGCUUCGCUGAAAUUUCGCACGCUUUUGAUUUGUGUUGUUGCGCUCUCCAACUUCAACACACUUAUUACGCCGGUUGUGACUUUCACAAUUUAUGCCAUGGGCUCGCGCGAUGGGAAAGCGGGCUAUCUUGACAGUGAACGAGCGCUGACCUCCUUAACGCUGUUCAACCUCUUCUCCGUGUUUAUUGGCGCGCUGGUGGAGUCGAUCAGCGACACGGCCAUGACGCUCGAGUGCGUCGACCGAAUUCGGGAUUACUUGGCAAAGGAUCCACACGAGGAUUUGCGUGAGGUCGUCCGAACUCGGGACCUUUCGGAUGAGAAGUCCGCCUGCGUCGAGGCAAUCAACGUCGAUGUAGGAUGGAAGGGAGGCGAAGCUCCUGUCUUGCACGGUCUCUUUUACCGAAUUGAACGCUCAUCCUUGACAAUGAUCGUGGGUGCAAUUGGCUGCGGCAAGACAACGCUCGUCAAGGCGAUGCUCGGCGAGGUGAACUGUAUGACUGGUAAGAUGAGAGUCAACUGCGACCGUAUGGCGUACUGUGGACAAGAGGCAUGGUUAACCAACGGCACGGUGCAAGAGAAUAUUCUCGGGGGUUUAGCGUACGAUCCCCCGUGGUAUUCGACCGUCAUUGCGGCUUGUGGCCUGGAGAAAGACUUUACGGAGCUGGGCAACGGCGAUCAAACCGCGGUCGGCAGUAAGGGUGUUUCAAUGAGUGGUGGACAAAAGCAAAGACUGCUCACGAUCUUGCAGGCACUCGCCCGAGCGCUUUACUCGGGGGUGGAAACAAUCAUCAUGGAUGAUGCCCUCAGCGGGCUCGACCCAGUCACUGACGAACACAUCUUCACUCACGUCCUGGGUCCGCGCGGGUUGGCCAGAAAGCAGGGCCUGACCAUCAUCAUGGUCACACAUGCAGCCCACAGACUCCCAUACGCCGACCACAUCAUCGCCCUCAAGGCCGACGGCACUAUUCUCGUCCAAGGCACAUUCGACGAUUGCUGCAAAAAGCUCGAUUCCAUCCAAGGCUUUGCCAUCGCCAAGCCCCCUGCCAUCCAGAUGAAAAGUGAGAUGCCCAAGGCCGUGGAGAAAGCCAGCGUCCCUUACUCUAAGGAGGCGAUCUCGGACGCGCGCAAGACCAGUGACUUACAGACGUACAUAUAUUACCUCACGACGGUGCCUUGGUAUAACUGGUUGGUGUAUUCCGGUUUCAUGGCGGUGUUUGUGUUCUUCCAGGCCUUCCCGUCCGUUUGGGUGACCUGGUGGGCCCGGGAUAACGACGAACGGCCCAACAAGAACAUGAGCAUGCGUAUUGGCGUGUACUGGCUGUUCGGCGUGCUCGGAGCCUGCUUCCUCCUGGCCACUGCAUGGUUCUACAUGCUCAAGAUCGUCGCCAAGACCGCGUCGGUCAUCCAUUCGCGGCUCCUGCGGACGGUGCUCAACGCUCCGAUGGCCUUCUUCGCCUCGACCGACUCAGGUGUCACCAUCAACCGAUUUAGCCAGGAUCUGCAGCUCAUUGACAUGGAGCUGCCUUUGGCAGUACUCCAAGCGUGCCUGGCGCUAUUUCUGUGUGUGGCUCAACUGAUCAUCAUCGCCGUCUCCGCCAAAUACAUCACAGCCACUAUCCCGCUGUGCAUCUUCGUCUACUGCGCCAUCGGCACCUUCUACAUCCGCACCUCGCGCCAGCUGCGCAUUAUGGACAUUGAAGCCAAAUCCCCGCUGUUCUCCAAUUUCAUGGAGCUGCUGAACGGGCUCGUGACCAUCCGCGCUUUUAACUGGGAGGAGCAGUACAAGGUCCGCAAUCGAGCUCUGCUGGCCGAGUCCCAGCGCCCGUUCUACCUCCUGUACACUGUGCAGCGCUGGCUGAGCCUCGUGCUCGACAUGACCGUGACGGGAUUUGUGGUAGUGCUCAUGGGCAUCGCCGUGGGGACGAUGCAGAGUACGGACGCGAGCUUUUUAGGUCUGGCGUUGGUCAAUGUCGUUUCGCUGAGUGCCAGCGUCAAGGCACUGAUUACGGAUUGGACAGUAUUAGAGACAAGUCUGGGCGCUGUGACGAGAGUGAAACAUUUUGUGGAAACAACCGAGUCGGAGGAUACAGCCGAGGAAAGGGAUCUGCCGCCGGACGAUUGGACCGGCGGAGGCACGAUUGAAUAUAGAAAUGUCUCGGCUUUUUAUCAGGAUCCGUCUGCACUGGUAUUAAAGAAUGUCUCUUUCCGUGUCCGUAAAGGAGAGAAGGUUGCCAUUUGUGGGCGGAGUGGCAGCGGCAAGAGUACUCUUGUCUCCGCGUUGUUCCGCAUGAUUGAACUUUGCGACGGCUCCAUUGUAGUGGACGGGGUCAACAUCGCGACGCUGCCCCGGCAAGAAAUCCGCUCGGCAAUCAUUGGUCUUCCGCAGGAUCCCCUGCUCUUGGAAGACAGCACCGUUCGCGAGAAUAUUGAUCCCUUUGACUAUUCCCCCGAUGAGGCGGUGAUCAACACGCUUAAGCGCGUCGGCUUGUGGGAGAUAAUCGAAGGCAAAGGCGGGCUCGACACCGUGGCCAGCGGUGACCUUUUCUCACAUGGACAACGGCAAUUGCUCUGUAUGGCGAAGGCCAUGCUCCGCCACGGGAACAUCAUCGUCUUUGACGAGGCGACAAGCGGAGUAGACCCGGACACGGAUGAGAUGAUGCAAGAGCUCAUCCGCUCCUGCUUCGUCGACUACACCGUCCUCACCGUGACCCACCGUCUCGAUACGAUCAUUGACUACGACCGUGUUCUCGUCAUGGACAAUGGUAUCCUCCUUGAAAGCGACCAGCCGCGUGAUCUCCUCGCCCGGCCGUCGAUCUUCCGCGAACUCUACAAAUCCUCCCGUGGGUGGGAAGAGUACGAGCGUCAGGAACGGGCAGAAGCCGAAGCCCGCGAGCGCGAGCGUCUGGAGAAAGAGAAGGAGCAGCGAGCUGAAGCUGAGCAACGCGACCAGCUUAGGGGCCGCCCCAAACGCCUUUCAUACAUUGAUACUGAUGUGGUCAGUGAGAAGGACGAGCCCGAGACGUUCAACGCUAUCCGGGAUCACUGGAACGCGGUCAACCAGCUGUUUGAGAAUAUCAUUCCUCGGGCUGUGCCGCGGAAUCGUAGCAGGAGUCGGGACAGUGCCGAUCGUGAGAGUAAGCGCUACAGCAAUCCGGAGCCGACGACGCCUGGCGCAGCGGUUAGUGGGAGGGAUCGGAGGAGUUUGGCCGGUCUGGCUGCCAGGGGUCGGUUCUAUGGUGAUGGUCAGAUUUGAGAUAUAUCUUCUCAGGGAGCUAUUUUGUUAUGCUGUGGCUGUUUUCUUUUCUUGUUGUAUUUAUAGUCAUUCGGGUUUAAUAGAAAUGUGCCG